AUGACAUAUUUAGACUGUUGUUUGAGGGGGACGAAAAUUGCUGCUGUACUGCUACAGCCACAUUGAGGUCAAAUUUCUAAUGUUGUAAUUUGUUUCUAAUGCUUUUGUAAGAUGUCUAGUUUUUCUAGAUCAGCCCAGCAAUGGGCGACCUUUGCAAGAUCCUGGUUCCUAAUAGACGGUAGGAUGCAGCCUCCAGGAAAGAUCGCCUCUAUGUGCUCGGUGCGGCUUCAAGGGAAGCAUAAACCCAUUUACCAUCCACUGAGUGAUAUUGGAGAUCAUGUGGUGGUCAUGAACACCAGACACAUCGCCUUCUCGGGAAAUAAAUGGGAACAGAAAGUGUAUUCGUCUCACACUGGUUACCCUGGGUCGUUCAAACAGCUCACUGCAGCCCAAAUGCACAAAAAAGACCCAACGGCUAUCAUUAAACUGGCUGUUUACGGGAUGCUUCCCAAAAACCUCACCAGAAGGACCAUGAUGCAACGGCUUCACCUCUUCCCAGAUGAUGUCCUCCCUGAGGAUAUUCUGAAGAACCUUACAGAGGAACUUCCUCAACCCAGAGAGAUUCCUCGCAAGCUCAGCGAGUACACACAGGAGGAGCGGGACUCUUUCCCCAUGCUUUGGACCCCGCCAGAAGACUACAGGAUGAAAUGAGCAUCAUAAUGCAGUUUCCCCAGAUUGUGUGUCUUACUUUGUCUAGGAGUUUGGGACUUGGAAAUGUCCUUGUUUUAUAUUGUUAAUAUGAAAUAAAUUAUGUCUCAUAAAUCA